GAAGCGAGCGUCCAGUCCGAGCGAGCGUCCAGUGGAAGUGGACCUGAUUUCUAAGUGCGGAAAACCCCAAGCCAUAUUUCAAUUCUGAAGCCUCCAUCAUUCCUUCAGUCCGGGUCCUGGAAUCAAGAAUGGUUUCCACACGAAAGGAUGGGAGGAAACAAAUCCGCGAAUUUCGUAUUUUCUCUUCUUUUUUUAUUUUCAUUUAUCACACACCUUGACACUUGUAGGCACUGUCUGGGGAAGUCCGCUUUCCUUCGCCGAAUCGCGAACUCGUUCCGAUUGCCGAUCGAAACGAUCGGUUCGCUCGUUCGUCAGCAGUACCUUCCACGAUCAGCUGGUGACUUCGUCAGCUCCACAACAUCACUCUCCCCGCUCUCCCCUCGCAACCGAUCGAUUCGAUCCAGUUUGUGUCGUCACCGUAUCGAUCGCGUAUGCCGUCGAUUCGUCGUCUGUUCUGUUGACCGUCCGUCCAAGCAUCGCGGUUCAGUCCAAAACAAAACUUGCUCCCGAGAGGAUGUUCGCGGUGAUAUUGAGUGCGUUUUUUCUGCUGCCCGCGCUCGCACCGUCCUUCACCGUGCUGCCGUGUGCAAUCCCAAACGAGGACACGACCGGCUACUGCGUCGCGCCUGACGUCUGCCGACCUUAUCAGCAGUUGCGGAAUGGCGCCACCAAACCGGAAACGGAAGAGUUCCUGAAAAGGUUAAGCUGUUCGACGCGGACGAUCUGCUGCACUGGGAAGAGUGCCUACGCGAAUCCUCGCGUGAAGAUCGCGGCACCGUCCUUGAUGCGCCUGUCGGAUGUGAUCGCUAACUGCGGCAUGGAAGCCACCGGGGAGCGUAUUUUCGGCGGAGAAAUUACCAAGAUCGACGAGUUUCCCUGGCUGGCGUUGCUGUUCUACCAUUCCAAAGAUACGGGAAUGACAUUCACCUCCUGCGGAGGGGUUCUGGUGGCACCACGAUGGGUGGUAACGGCGGCGCAUUGUGUGACGGGAAGAGGUUACCGAAAUACCGGUUUGUUGAAGUAUGUUCGACUUGGUGAGCACAACCUGGAAACGGAUGUGGACUGCGACACGAACGGAGAUUGUGCCGAUCGGCCCGUAAAUCUGGACGUAGAGAAAAUUAUUCCCCAUCCGAACUACGUCAGCACCAGUUGGGACAAGCACAACGAUGUGGCACUGGUGAAGCUAGCGAAGGACGCACCUUACACGGAUUUUGUGCGGCCAAUCUGUUUGCCCAGUUACUACAACGUGUCGGAACAGAAGGCGGUCAGCAAGUACGUCGCCGCUGGUUGGGGUCAAACUGAUCUUUAUGACUCCAGCGAAAGCAUUCCGAGCAAGAUCAAGCUCAAGGUCAGCCUGCCCCACGUGGAGCUCACCCGCUGCCAGGCGGUUUAUGCCAACUAUUCGGUUCGCAUCGCUGACAGUCAGAUUUGUGCCGGUGGCCGUAAGGCCCAGGACACCUGCCGGGGGGACAGCGGUUCCCCGUUGAUGUACUACAGUCAACCGCACGAACGUUGGUUCGCCUACGGCAUCGUCAGCCGGGGUCCGUCCCACUGUGGCACCGAGGGAGUCCCUAGUAUCUACACCAGUCUGUUCACAUUCGACGACUGGGUCAGCAGUACGAUGGAGGCCAAUUGAUGAAGCCACGGAACGAACCUGGUGGAAACCCCUUUCGUUUUUGGUUUUGUUCAUAGGUACCAACUCGAACAAUAAGAAAAAUCAUGCGUAUUUUAUUUUUACAAACAAAAAUGAAAGAAAUAAAAAUUAAGACGUUUCGCUUGUUAAUCCUA